UCUGGCAGACGCGGUGACGUCGGCGCGGGUCAGCGCGUUACGGGCAUCGGCGCGGCGAAGGGGACGGCGGGCUACGGGCUGCGGGAGGCGAAGAGCGGAUUCUGUUGGAGGUCUGCGGGGUCACGUGGGAGGGGACUUCCCGAGGUCCAGUCCCCAAGCUGCCUUGACUGGGCUUUCACCAGAGCGGAAGGCGCUGGAAGGCAGACCGGCGACCAUGUCCACAUUCAGGCAGGAAGAUGUGGAAGACCAUUAUGAGAUGGGGGAGGAGCUGGGCAGCGGCCAGUUUGCCAUUGUGCGGAAAUGCCGGCAGAAGGGCACUGGGAAGGAGUACGCAGCCAAGUUCAUCAAGAAACGCCGCCUGUCAUCCAGCCGGCGGGGGGUCAGCCGGGAGGAGAUUGAACGGGAGGUGAACAUCCUGCGGGAGAUUCGGCACCCCAACAUCAUCACUCUGCAUGACAUCUUUGAGAAUAAGACCGAUGUGGUGCUCAUCCUGGAGCUGGUUUCUGGCGGGGAGCUCUUUGAUUUCUUGGCCGAGAAGGAGUCGCUGACAGAGGACGAGGCCACUCAGUUCCUUAAGCAGAUCCUGGACGGCGUCCACUACCUGCACUCCAAGCGCAUCGCCCACUUUGACCUCAAGCCCGAAAACAUCAUGCUCCUAGACAAGAACGUGCCCAACCCACGAAUCAAGCUCAUUGACUUCGGCAUCGCUCACAAGAUUGAAGCCGGGAACGAGUUCAAAAACAUCUUUGGCACCCCAGAGUUUGUCGCUCCGGAGAUUGUCAACUAUGAACCCCUGGGUCUGGAGGCGGACAUGUGGAGCAUUGGCGUCAUCACCUAUAUCCUUUUGAGUGGCGCGUCCCCAUUCCUGGGUGAGACCAAGCAGGAGACCCUGACCAAUAUCUCCGCCGUGAACUACGACUUCGAUGAGGAGUACUUUAGCAACACCAGCGAGCUGGCCAAGGACUUCAUUCGCCGGCUGCUUGUCAAGGACCCCAAGAGGAGAAUGACCAUCUCCCAGAGCCUGGAGCAUUCCUGGAUCAAGGCGAUCAGGCGGCGGAACGUGCGGAGGGAAGACAGUGGCCGGAAGCCGGAGCGGCGGCGCCUGAAGACAGCCCGCCUCAAGGAGUACACCAUCAAGUCCCACUCGAGCAUGCCCCCCAACAACACCUACAUCAACUUCGAGCGCUUCUCCAAGGUGCUGGAGGAGGUGGCGGCGGCCGAGGAGGGCCUGCGUGGGCUGGAACACAGCCGGCGGCUCUUCCACGAGGACAUCGAGGCCCUGACGGCCAUCUACGAGGAGAAGGAGGCCUGGUACCGGGAGGAGAACGAGAGCAUCGGCCAGGACCUGCGGCGGCUGCGGCAAGAGCUGCACAAGACCGAGGCCCUCCAGCGGCAGGCCCAGGAGGAGGCCAGGGCCGCCCUGCUAGGGGCCAGCGGGCUCAAGCGCCGCUUCAGCCGCCUGGAGAACCGCUACGAGGCUCUGGCCAAGCAGGUGGCCUCCGAGGUGCGGUUUGUGCAGGAUCUCGUCCGCGCCAUGGAGCAGGAGAAGCAGCAGGAGGUGGAGUGUGGCCUCCGCUAGGGCCACGUGUGGCCGGUGGGCCCCGAGGGUUCUGCGGGUGGUUGUCCCCUUCACAGCCCCGGAGCCAGGCCCUCUGUCAUUAUCUGGCUCUAGAGAGUUCCCGGGCUGGGGCUGAGAUGGGAAGAGGCUGGACUGGGUGGGAUGUGCUUCAUGGGGCCCAGAAUUCACUGCUGAGAGGAGGGGCUUGGCCGGCUCUGCCCCAGGAAGACUGCUGUUCUGGGCCUCCUCCGCACAGCCUGUCUGCUCUGGCUUGGCUUCCCCAGUCCCCCCC